CACACAAGCCGGUGGUGAGUUUGAGGAAUUCAUCUGCUGUGGUGGAGAGUGACAUCAGCAGUCAGGCACGGUUGAGUCACAGCACUGGUUUCAUAGACACCUUUCUUCACACUGGACAUAAACUAUGAAAUGACUUUUACCCCACUGAUCUGGUGACAGCAAACUCAUGUUCUUCUUUAACCUGUGAAUGUAGGCUGCUUGCUGUGGAUUGUAAGGAGUGAGUGUGAGACGUUUAAGAGGAGUGUAUAUGCCACUGGAGUGUGUGAGGAUGGCACAGGGUGUGUGGACAGUCUCUAUCAUGAUCUGCAUGGCACCGUGGAUCAACUCGGCAACUCAGUCAACAAAGAGCCUGUAUCCAAGACUACGACUGUCUCACAAAGAGUUAUGGGAGCUGAACAGGACGUGGGUAUUCCAGGGUGAAGAGGGGCAACUACAGCACUACAGUAUGUUACUAGAUGAGACUCAGGAAAGACUGAUCAUUGGAGGAAAAGACAUACUGUACUCUCUCAACCUGGAGCGCAUCUCUGCCCCUCACAAAGAGAUUCACUGGGCCGGUUCUGAGGAGCAGGUGGAGGCCUGUUUAAUGCAAGGCAGAGAGAAGCCGGAGUGUGCUAACUACAUUAAGUUGGUGCGUCAGUAUAACAGUACACACCUGUUUGCAUGUGGGACUGGAGCCUUCCACCCUGUGUGUGCCUUUAUCCGAGUUGGACAUGGAACAGAGGUAAAUCAGCAGGAGAGGGAGUUCAGGAUGGAGUCGGAUCACAUAGAGAGCGGCAGAGGAAGAUGCCCGUUCCAUCCCAACAGCCCUUUAGCAUCCACCAUGUACCGAGGGGAGUUGUUUGUGGGCCUGUACACUGAUUACUGGGAGAAUGAUGCAGCUCUGUAUCGUCUUGGCAACCACAGCUUCAUCAGGACCGAAGUGGGUGACAGACAGCAGCUGAACGAGCCCAAGUUUGUAGAGUCGGCAGUGAUCCCUGACAAUGAUGAUCCAGCUGAUGAGAAGGUCUACUUCUUCUUCACGGAGCGAGUAGCCAACAUGGAAGGAGGAAACAAAGCUGUGUACACCAGAGUGGGCAGAGUUUGCUCGAAUGACCAGGGUGGUCAGAGAAUGCUGGUAAACAGAUGGAGCUCUUUCAUGAAGACUCGUCUGAUCUGCUCAGUGGCUGGACCAAACGGGAUUGACACACACUUUGACGAGCUCGAGGAUGUGUUCAUACUGCGUAAGAAAGAUGAGAAAAAUCCAGAGAUCUUUGGUCUGUUCAGCACAACGAGUGCUGUAUUUAAAGGGUACGCCGUGUGCAUGUAUAACAUGGAAGAUAUCCGUGCAGCAUUUAACGGGCCCUUUGCACAUCGGGAACGAACCGACCACCACUGGAGCAUGUACGAAGGGAGAGUUCCCUUCCCUCGACCUGGAUCUUGUGCCAGUAAGAUAAAUGGAGGCCAGUUCUCCAGUUCUAAGCAGUAUCCGGAUGAGGCUCUUCGGUUUGCACGCUCUCAUCCCCUCAUGUUCCAAGCGGUGCAGCCCGUUCAAGGACGGCCCAUUCUGCUAGACACAGAAGGAGGGCGUCGACUCACACAGCUGGUGGUGGACAGGGUGGAAGCUGAGGAUGGACACUACAAUGUUCUCUUCAUAGGGACUGAUAAUUCUAUUGUGUUAAAAGUCAUCACAAUCUACAACAAAGAAGCCGACACAGUUGAAGAGGUUCUUCUGGAGGAAUUGCAGGUUUUCAAGGUCCCUGUUCCUAUUACAGAGAUCAUCAUCUCUACCAAAAGACAGCAGCUGUACGUGGGCUCCGAGCUGGGUGUAACACAGAUCCGUGUGCAUCAGUGUGGGUUGUACGGUUCAGCCUGCGCCGACUGCUGCCUUGCCAGAGACCCCUACUGCGCCUGGGACGGGUUCACAUGUUCACAGUAUUACCCUGUGGGACUGUAUGCCAAAAGACGCUUCAGACGGCAAGACGUCCGGCAUGGCAACGCGGUUCAGCAGUGCAACGGGCUUCAGCUUAGCGAUGAUCAGAGCAUCUCAGAAAAGCUGGUAUACGGUGUGGAGAACAACAGUACUCUACUAGAAUGCCGACCACGAUCACUACAGGCAUCCGUUAACUGGUACAUUCAACGUGGCGUGGACAUGGAGGAGGUGAAAGGUGAUGAACGCUUGAUUCAGACCCCUCAUGGCCUGUUGCUUCUUAGAAUCGCAAAGGGAGAUGCAGGAGUGUAUGUGUGCCAGUCCAUGGAGCACGGCUUUGUACAGACAGUGGUACGAGUCACUUUGGAGGUCCUGGAUGAGGACAAAGUGGAGGGUCUUUUCCAUAAAGGCGAGGAGGAUGAAGGCGAUUCCCAGCACAGAUCUCCACCCUGUCCCUUCCCCAGCCUGUCCUCCACCCCCUCUUCCUCAAAGCACUGGUACAAGGAUUUCAUGCAGCUGAUUGGCUACAGCAACUUCCAGCGGGUGGAGCAGUACUGCGAGAAGGUGUGGUGUGUGUCUGACAGGAAGAGAAAGAAACUCAAGGGAAUGGCACCCAAAUGGCGGGGAAGAGCACGAGCGCCACGACACGCACGGGGACUUUAAAGGUUGUUAGAAGAGAAAAUGAACACUCGAAACUGGAAAUGAUGACAUGAUACAUAAAUGUCUUUUGAUAUUAGGACUUUUCAAGGAAUGUGCCGGGUUCAAUAAAUUAAGCUCAAUCUAUAGCAUUGGUGGCAUAAUGUUGAGUAUUUGAACGUUUAUGCAUUGACCCCAUUCACUUCCAUUGUAAGUGUCUCACUGUAACACAGAUUUGUGCGUUAUUCUUAAAUAAACAAGGGAUGAUUCCUUUUAUUUAGUUAUUUAUUGUAUUAUUAUUAUUGUUUUGGAAAAUCAACAUUAUGCCACAAAUGCUUUUAACUGAACUUAACCUGAUAAGAACCCGGAACAUUCCUUUGAACGUCCUUAUUAAAUCUUACCAUAGCGUCAUUCCUACCUAAACCAUUAUGGCCAGAAACAUCUCUACGCAAGUAUGUGAACGCAAGCACUUCCAGCUAUGCAAGCUUGAUUUGUGCCCCAAAAUGAGUCGGAAUGCAAUUCAAAAUGCGGCACAAGUACGUGUUGCAAUCUCAGUUUUGCCACAAGAGCCACUAUAGCAGACAUUAGCAUGAACGUCCCACUUCUAUGCUAUGUUUUAUUUACUGCCGCAACAAUGAUUUAAGUGAAUCUUAAAGCUAGGGUAAUGCUUUGUUUUCUGCAUGCUGUCAGCGGUCCAGCAUUUCAAAGUAUACUCUAUUAGGGGGCCUGGGUAGCUAAGCGAGAAAAUGCGCUGACUACAAUGCCUGGACACACAUGUUCGAAUCCAGGGUGUGCUGAGUGACUCCAGUGAGGCUUCCUACUAAACCAAAUUGGCCCGGUUGCUAGUGAGGGUAGAGUCACAUGGGGUAACCUCCUUGUGGUCACUAUAAUGGGUUCUCGCUCUCAGUGGGGCGAGUGGUGUGUUGUGCGUGGAUGCCGCGGAGAAUAGCAUGAAGCCUCCACACAUGCUAGGUCUCCACGGUAACACACCACAGGAGUGGUGGUGGCAUAGUGGCGUAGUGGGCUAAAGCACAGAAUUGUUAAUCAGAAGGUCGCUGGUUGGAUCCCCACAUUCGUGUCAGAGUAAUUACACCUUCCACAGUAUUAGCAUGUUUUUGCACAGUGUGUGGACUUUUCAGAUGACCCCUUACCCACCGUAGGUAAAACGUCCUACUUAAUGUGAAUUUAAUGAUCUGGAACGAUGACACCAUGACGCCAUCUGACCAGCUUAAAUAUGGCCAUUCUGCCUGCUGAUGGUCCACCCUGCCUCCUGGGAAUCUGGGGAGAGAUGAGAUGAGGGGAGGGAGAGAGGGAAAGUGCGAGAAAAACAGAGAGAGAGAGAGAGAGAGAGGAGAGAGAAAAACUUGCUCGCCAGUCCCCGGACACGCCGUCGCCUGGUCCUAAGCCGCUCCUCUGACCUCUGGCGGACGACAGACACUCCUCCCCGGGCUGACGGCAGCGAGUCCUCCAACCUCUGGCGGACGGAACAGCUCCUCCCCUUCCUGGCGGAUGGCAGCGACUCCUCCAUCCCCCGGCGGAAGGCCGUGGCCCCCCCCCUUGCGGACGGCAGCCUGCAAGGACUCCAUGACAGUGCAUCCCUCCUCCUUCCCGGGUUUCGGCACCAAUGUAACAUGUUCAGGAUGGGCAAGGAGGAGGCGGGAAAUGCCAGGACAGUCAACAUAACUUUAAUGAUGUAACUGAACUUAAAACAACAUAAAACAAACAUAAACACACACACACAGCUUGGCCGGGUGUCUCUCUCUUUCUCUCUCAAACUGGCGUCUCCGGCUCCCCUUUAUCUCUCUCUCUCCAUGCUGAUUAAUUGACUCGGCACCGGCCGCACACCCUCACAGCCCGGCCAACUUGCUUGUUUUGAUUAUUGGGGGGGUUACCUCCCAGCCAUCCCCCUGGAAUCUACACCCCUGACUCUGAUCUUAAGUUUUAGAAGAUCUUUGUGAUACUCUUUAGUGUACUUAAGUUUGCUACAGCCACAGUAAUGUGAAAAAGCAUGUCAAGUACUGUUCGAUUGCAAUGCGUACUUGUGUAGAGUAUCGCUCUGGCCUGUAACCACAGCGCAUAUGCUGAAGAAAGAACACGUGUCACAUUGAUUUGCAUAUAUACAGUGUGUACAGUGGCUCUUGCGUAAUGAAAACCGUCUCAGGAUCAUGCAAAUGAAAUUGCUUCUUGGACUGCUAUGAACAAUGGCGGAGACCAGCUGUCCUCUCUUGUCAACGAUGUGAGAUUUCCUAUGAAGAUUUCGCAGAAUGGCUUUUAUCCCCUCUGUUGACAGUCUGAAUUCAAGACUUCCAAAAAAUGAGCAAGCGUGACUCACUUCUGCUUCAAAAGCCCUUCUCAGAUCGAGCAGCAACCCUGCGCACAUGCCGAUUAUAUUUAUCAUUAUUUUCAUUAUUUUAUAUAAAUUAUUCUAAACAGUGUUUUGAAGAUUUCGUAGUGGUUUUCGCUGUUUUCUUCCACACUUUCUAACGCCAUCGUUUUCCAAAGGAUGCAGUUAUAGAGAGUGUUUUGAAACACACUGAUGAGAGGCACAAACGCAACUAAAUCAAUGCUUUUACAAACAACAGCGUAUCAGUGUGGACGUGGCCUUCAUCUCAACAGGACACAUAUUAAUGCAUUUUAAUUGUGUGAAUAGAUUUUAUGAGUAUUGAUCGUAAUGUAUCAGUUCUAGUGAUUAAACCAGCAAAAUGCAAAAAUAAAAUAAUCAUAAAUAUUUCCAUGGAAAGUAGAUUGCAAAAUGCAAACAUUUGCAACAUUAUUCAAGCAACUAAAUUAGAGCCGAAUCAUGGUGUAUCAUUUCAGUGACGUCACACUUUUGCUGUGUAUCAUGAUGUUGAAAAUGUAUCAUGUUUAAAUUAUGUGUUGUAUAAUAAACAUAAUAAAUUCUUGUCUAUCGCGUAUGUUUUCUGUGCUAGUAUAAAGUACCGUAUAGGCCAAAAGUCUGAGAUUGCAUUUUAAAGCUGGGAUUCAAAAUAUGUUUUAACCAGGAAAUGAAAGUUUUGAUAUGAUAUCAUUUGUAACUCAUUUUUUGGUUGUU